AGUGAUCCCCACAAACAUUCUGUUAUUGUUGUCUGCGUCGGAGUGGUUGCGACGCAAUUAAUUGAAGGAUUUGAAAGGCUUCAGAAUACAAUUUUAGUUAUUUAAUAGUCCUUUAAUAAUCCGGGAUGUUCUCCAGAAAGAAGCCAGAGCCAGCAAAGCGAAGGCAACACGAUUUAUCGCAGUUUGGCCUUACGGAAAUCCCAGAUGACUUCGAUCCCAGCGCUGGAUACGGAGAUGACGAUGGCGGCGACAGCGAUCUGGAGGCGGAGCUGGCGGCCAUUGCCAGCGGAGGAGGAGCCAGACCAAAACCCAAGCCCAAGGCGAAGUUGGUCCCCGCCAGUGACCUGGACAAAAUGAUUGCCGACAGCUUGCGUGAUGUAAGCGACGACGACGAUGAUGAUGAUGACAAUCUGGAACAUGACUCGGAACUGUUGGGCGAGCUGAGCGGAAUUGGUGGCGUAGUGGAGGCGGAGGAAGAGGAACCUGCAGCGCAACCACCAGCUGGCAGCGACGAGCCCGUUCAGACAUUCCUGCCCACUACCACUGUGGACACGUUGAGUGUCAUCAAGCAGCGCCUGGAAAUGUACAAGCAAGCCGAGGCGAAUGCCAAGGCAGCUGGCGAUUCCGGAAAGGCGAGACGCUUUGGAAGGGGUCUUAAGACCCUACAGGAUCUUCAUAAGCAAGCAGCAGCCGGCAAGUCCAUUAACGUGGAUGACAUACCGCCGGAAGUCAGUGUUAAGCCCGCUGGCGGUCAGGCUCCUCAAGUGGCUGCAGAAGAACCACCAGCUCCAUCCACUCCUGCCUCCCCUCCUCCUGUUCCGAGUCGAGCAGCUCCAGCACCACCUACUCCCACGUCACCAGUUGCAUCCACCACCCCUGUGGCCCCCACAACGCCUCAAAAUCCGUUAGUGGCACAAAUGCGCAGCCGUCAAAACGAAUACAAGGCUGCUGCCCUGCAGUCGAAGCGAAGCGGAGACACUGCUACUGCCCUUCAGUUCCUCAAGGUGGUCAAGCAGUUCGACGUGGUGGUGAAGAUGUGUGAGGAUGGACAGGAAGUCGAUCUCAGCGAUAUGCCGCCUCCGCCAGCUGAGUUUCUGGAGUUCUUGAACAAGCUGAAGGAGGGAGCGGCGCCAGAAGUUGUUGCUGAACCUACUCCUGCGCCAGCUCCUGAACCUGUUGCUCCCGCUCCGGCUCCUGCUGCUGCUACAAACAUGAUGGAGGCACUGCAGCAGCGUUUGGAAAAAUACCAAUCCGUGGAGGCGACUGCCAAGGCAGAGAACAAUACCGGAAAGGCAAGACGCUUUGGAAGGAUUGUGAAGCAAUACGAAGAUGCCAUCAAGUUGUACAAUGCGGGCAAACCUGUGCCUUAUGAUGAACUGCCAGUGCCACCCGGUUUCGGUCCCCUGCCCACAGGAGAUGCUGCUCCAGCUGCGCCGACUCCUUCGCUGCCUACUUCCCCUACAUCGCCUCCAGCGACGGCAAGUACUUCCGCCGGCGGAACUCCUUCCAGUUCCGGUACGACGACGCCUACAGCUCCACGAAAGGCUCCAUCACCUCCGCAGGCGAAGGAGCUGACCACUCGCACGUCUGGCAACCAGCAGAAAAACAAUCUCGCCGAGCAGCAAAUGAAACUUCUUCUUGAGCGUCAAAAGGAGUUCAAGCUGGCUGCGAUAGAGGCCAAAAAAGCGGGAGAGAUUGAUCAGGCCAAGGAGUACCUGAAGAUCUACAAAGGAUUUGAUUCGCUACUUAAUGCAGCCAGCAGCGGAUUACCUGUGGAUCUGAACACUCUGCCAGUGCCACCUUCCCAACGAGACAAUCUGGAAGCCUCAUUUGCCAUAGUCUCCGCCGAAGAAUGUGAUCCGGGCGAUGAUAUCUGCGAAAUUGGUGUUCGCAUGGAGGAGCAGCUGGCCAAGCAGCUGAUGAUGUGCAAAAAUACUCGAGAUCAUCACAAGGCAAUGGGCGAUGUGGCUGGCAUGAAUCGGUUCGAAAAUUUGGCUCUAACCGUGCAGAAGGAUUUGGAUUUGGUGCGGUACACCAAGCGAAAGAAUGAAUCAUUGCCAAAGUUUCACUAUGAAAAGCGUAGCUUUAACAUUGUCCAUUGCAACACGGAUCUUACGGACUGUGAACUGGAAAUUGUUGUGGUCCGGGGAAUCAACUACAACGUGACCAAUCCCAAAGACGUGGAUACCUAUGUGCGCGUAGAGUUUCCCCUUCUUAAUGAAGAAACUUUUAAGACUAAAACCAAUGUUAUUAGGGACACCAGCAGUCCCGACUACGAUGAGCGCUUCAAAGUGGACAUUCAGCGAGCCAAUCGUCAGUUCCAGAGAAUCUUUAAGCGCCAUGGCGUCAAGUUUGAAAUAUAUUCCAGAGGCUGCAGUAUAGAUUGUUGUGGACUAAGUCGUAAACUGCCCCUGUGUUGUUUCAGAGGGUUCCUGCGAUCAGAUACGUUGAUUGGAACCGUAAAUGUCAAGCUGCAGCCGCUAGAGACCAAGUGUGAUAUUCACGAUACCUACGAUCUAAUGGAUGGCCGCAAGCAAGUGGGUGGUAAACUGGAGGUUAAAAUACGUGUUCGCAAUCCUAUUCUUACCAAGCAAAUCGAGCACAUCAACGAAAAGUGGCUGGUUUUGGACACCUAAGGCGGAAAUUGACUCCGAUUAUUGGUUAUUUGCUUGAAGCAAACGAAAAAAUAUAUUGUUUUAUUAGGAGA